AGAGCGGACUCAGUCUAUAUGUAACCUUAUAGUGUGUGUCAGAGGAUCUUGUACCUAAAACUGUGGACUAAUAUACUACAGGUAAUUAAAAUGGGUGACUGCAGCUUUAACUCCACGGAAGUGAAUUUCCCAGAAGCCACGUCUGAUCUGGAAAGCGUCACAAAAUGGCUACGAUUCUGUAAGGCCGCUUACGUCGACAAAUGUGACAUGUACCACCUCCAUCCGCGUCUCUCUAACCUCUCCUUCUUCUUCAGCGAGGCGACGGAGGAGGACUGCUUGAACACCAAACAGCUAACGGCCUACUGCAUCUCCAUGAUCCUAAGUGUUCUGAUCAUCCUCGCAAAUAGUGUCAUCCUCGCUGCGUUUGUGUACGGCCGAAAUCGUCUGCUGAAGAGCUCCAAUAUCCCCAUCAUCAGUCUAGCACUCUCAGAUCUCCUGACAGGGAUUACCUUUCUUUAUACGUCUACAUGGAAUCUCAUCAUUUUGGAUGCUGGCUAUGACUUUGAUUUGAUGAAGAUUCAAUACUAUGCAAGCAUGCGUGCCAACUACUACCUGUGCUUAACUCUAGAUGGACCUGGUUUUGUUUUCGCUUGCAUGAUGUCCUCUGUUUUAAGUCUGGCCGUCAUUGCAUCAGAUCGCUACCUGGCGAUUUUCCAUUCUUAUCGCUAUCACUUCUGGAUCACUACCCCAAGAAUGGUGGUAGCAGUUAUAAUUAUCUGGUUAAUUUCUUUAAUAGUCAGUGUUCUUCCUUUGAUGGGUUGGAACAAUUGGAGUGGAACAUGCCAGUUGACUGACGUUAUGGAUUAUGACUAUCUCGUGCUGUGGAGCUCUAUUUGCUUUAUUUGUGGAUUUCUCAUUCUUUUCAUAUAUCUGAGGAUAUUUAUAGUGGCUAGGAAGCACAGUCGUCAGAUUCAGGCACAGGUGUCUUCUACAACUAACACCAGUGAAACCGUUCCACCAGAACCAAGGGUCAGCAAAGAUUUCACAACUGUGAAGCCUAGAAACAAUACCUCUAGUUCUCUUACAAGUUCAAAAUCCACUGUGGACUAUCUGGAAGAUAGUGGUUGCCAUGAUGUCACAGAGAUGCAUAAUAUGUCCACACAAGAAUCAAACACAAGUGAGCUACAGAACAAAAAGGAAUCCUUGGAGGAGAAUAUUGAUGAGAAAGAAGAUGCAGACAAAAAAGAAGCCGCAGCAAGGGCAGAAAAUGUAGAUCCAGGCACAAGCCAGGAAGACAGUAAAAAUAAAGACAAAGAUGUCAAUCAGACUGGUGAAUCAGACAGCAAGACAAAAGGGACAAAACAAGAGAAGAAGAGAUCAAGUGGUGCAACAGUGGUCUUCAUGGCUGAGACCAAAAACUCAUCAAAAUCGUCCAAGAAGCAAACCGACAAAAAAGGAUUUCAAAAACCGACCAUGAAGGCUGUACGGACCACAGCCAUGAUCCUGGGGGCUUUCUACCUAUGCUGGACCCCUUUGUUGGUGUACCUACUACUGAAAGUUCAGGAUCAGUUCCACAACCUCACACUGUAUUAUCUGUUUGUUGUGACACAGCUUAACUCUCUGUUUAACCCCCUCGUGUAUGGAUUCAGACAGAUGGAUAUAAAGAAUACACUCCACAGGAUGAGAACAUGUCAAAAGGCAUACUAACUCUGAGAACUUUAAUGAUCAGAACAUGUUUAUCUAAAAAGGAACAAUCUUUACUGAAAAACACAAAUGUGCUAGAACUUGGGCAUUGCAUGGUGCAUUUUAUCUUGGGCAUUUCAUGGUGCAUUUUAAAGUUCUCGUUGUUCCCUUUCAAAAUCGUGACAUAAAAUGAAGCAA